CAUAUUUUAUGAAUGCAAUGACUCUCUGAUUGAGAAAAAGAAAGAGCAGAUCCAAAGAGAAUAUGAACAGGAGAUAAAGAUAACAUAUAUAGGUAUAUUGAGUUGAUUUGCUUAUAUGUGUAGAUGUGUAGGUGGAAAAAGGAAGAUGGCUGACUUUGUGAAACAAAUGCAGUGUUUUUGUAAAUAAUAAACCAUUUGAUGGUGUGUCUAGGAGAAUUUCGUCUUGCAAUUCCUUCGAAAUUGAGAGCAAUGAUUACGAAAACAAGUUGGUGAAUGACAUUUCGCCCCAGGAGAAUUGCCGAAUAAGUAAAUACUUUUCCAUUGUUUUCGUAAAGACAUUUAUAACGCGUUUAGACGCUCGCACACGAUUGAGACGAUUGAGACGAGGAACGUAAAAAACUGAAAGUGCACGACGGGCAAAUGAAUCGAUGAUGUUUCCUUAUGAUCCUGCGAGAACUGAAAUGAAAACACAUUGUUCAUUGUUAUCGACUCCUCGCACGUGACUCCGCUUGCAAACAUCAUAUUGCGGUACGACCCGAAGCUGGAUCGCAGUAUGAAGGAGAUGCUUGGAGGAUGCUGUGUGUGUUCUGACGAAAGGGGUUGGACUGAGAAUCCACUGGUGUACUGCGAUGGCCAAGGGUGCACAGUCGCCGUUCACCAGGCUUGCUAUGGCAUAGUUACGGUGCCAACUGGACCUUGGUAUUGCAGAAAAUGUGAAUCGCAGGAGCGCAGUGCACGCGUGCGCUGUGAGCUGUGUCCAAGUAGAGAUGGAGCUCUCAAGAGAACAGAUCAGGCUGGUUGGGCUCACGUAGUGUGUGCUUUGUACAUCCCUGAAGUUCGAUUCGGUAACGUUACUACGAUGGAGCCAAUUAUACUUCAACUCAUUCCUUCAGAAAGAUUUAAUAAGACAUGUUAUAUUUGUGAAGAACAAGGAAGAGGAAGUAGAGCAAAUGUUGGAGCCUGCAUGCAAUGCAAUAAAGCUGGAUGUAGACAGCAGUUUCAUGUCACUUGUGCUCAGGGUCUUGGACUGCUGUGCGAAGAAGCUGGAAACUAUCUUGACAAUGUCAAAUACUGCGGCUACUGUCAGCACCACUAUUCAAAAUUGAAAAAAGGAGGAAACGUGAAAACUAUUCCCCCUUAUAAACCAAUCCCAGCCGAUAAUGGAUCAUCAGAUUCGUCUCCAGAAAAAGAAUCUGAAGCGCCCAUCAAGUCAUCGUCAAGCAAUGCCAAACGAAAAAACUCAAAUUUAAAAUCAGGUGCUUCUAUUAAAAACAAAAAUAUAAGUCCCAGUGUUGAACUUAAUGGUGUGGCAGAUGAGAAAACCAGUAGUGGAAGGAACACACCAAAAGAAAAUGCUGCAAUCUCAAGUAAAUUCACAACUUCGAAUUUCGUCGAGACUAUUGUGACUCAAUCGGAAAGUGUGUUCGGUCAUGAAAGUACCGGUAUUCCUACGACUGCUGCUCCAUUUCCCCCGACAACAAUAACCAAAUCAGCGUCAAAUUCAAGUCUUAUUCAGAAAAAUGUUAGUCAGUCAAAGUCCAGCACUUCGACAUUUAGUAAAGCAUCGAAUCAUACGGGUAAAAAGAGGAAAACGGGAGCUCGCACUCCAACUGCUUUAAGUAACGAAAAUUCUAACCAGUCAGUCAAUUCAGAUACCAGUGGUUCCAUGAUAGUCCCUACAAAUGCUGUUCUCCAGCAGGUUAACAAUAGUAAUAUUGUUCAAACAACUGUUGCCGAAACUACAAGUUUAAACACAUUGUCGGAAACUGAGCAGACGAAAAAGUUGAGAACUGACAGUCCGCUAGUGCUGGCAAACGCAGUUCUAUCCACAGAGGAAACAACAAGCACUCCUGUAAUUAUGUCAAUAACACAAAACCAAUUGCCGAUUGCUACUCAGUCAUUAAGCACUUCGUCGAAUAGUAUAGUUGUCUCUGUUCCAUUAACUGCAACUUCCCUUCCUAACACUGUACAAAGUACAAUAACCAGUGCAUCCACAUUAUACCAACAGUUGCAGCAAAGUAUGAUCACCUCGGCAGCCAAUGCUGAUGGGAAGACCAAUGCAAUACCUAAUACCGACCAAUACUCCGUAGAGGAAACGCCGUCUAAGCGAUCUCGAUCUCAAUCAUCGGAGAAGCAAGAAAAAUUACGUAAACCAAAGCGAGGUUCUACAAGCAAUCAGUCAGCAACAACAUCGGCACCAGUAGCAGUUCUUCCUCAGAUAGUUUCUUCAGUGUCAUCCUUAUCCAAUAUCACAGUCGUGACAACGACGAAGCGCACCAGCAGAAACAACCAUCCAACACCACCACCGUCAGCGGCGGUGGCUCCCAUUCCUUCAAUAAUACAAGGUCCCACGCUGGGUACUGGUCACUUUAGCAGCGUGGGAACUGGUUCUGGUGGCAUUAUGGGGCCCACUGUCAAGGAUUCGCCGCCCAGCAGUCCCGGCUCCGAGAGCAUGAGCAGCAAUGGCCCGGGCAGGAGAAAACGAAAGGGCGCUGGCACAUCUUCCACUACUCCAACGCCGUCGGCUUCGAAUACACCGACUCUCGCCAAUCAUACAAAAGAGGAGAAGGAAAUCAAGUUGUUUCAAAAUGGAGUCAGUGCACCACACAUGCUGGGCAACCAACUGAAUCCCACCUCUACAAUGGCACAAAAGAUGUCUGACACGCUUUCGCAAGAACUGGAGGCCCACUCCAUAUUCACCGAAGCAAACAAUUCGACCACUAAUCUAAUAGGACCGCAACUUCAUAGUCGAGUGAUAGCAACUAUAAGGUCCACUCAACCAGCACCAGCUCCAACAUCAUUUUCAUCAGUUUUCUCAAGCACAAGUACAAAUUCUAAUGUGAACAGUGCUGGGGGCUUGACUAGUGGAACAAUGCCACAAACGCUCGAUCAACUUUUAGAAAGACAGUGGGAACAAGGCAGUCAAUUUUUAAUGGAACAGGCACAGCAUUUUGAUAUUGCGUCGUUACUGUCAUGUCUUCAUCAACUGAGGGCGGAAAAUUUAAGACUAGAAGAACAUGUAAAUAGUCUACUUCAAAGAAGGGAUCACCUACUGGCCGUAAAUGCACGGCUCGCAAUCCCUUUAACAAAUCAAUCAAACACACACUCAGUUAAUAACAUACACCCAUCAGUGAAUCCAUCACAUUCCAAUAUCUCUCAUUCUGAAGUUCCUUCUGCACCUGUGACUUCUAUGUCUAGAGGAAGUCGCGAGUCACGAAUGAGCAAUGCUUACUUACCACAUUCAAAUUCCAGUAGUCAUGCAUCCACGUUAGAAAAUGGUUUACCUCCCGACCCAUCUCCACCCACUGGAACGUCCAUGUCUCACAGCCAGUACCAACACAGAGGAUCUUUGGUUGCACCUCAACCUAGUCCGGCAAUAAGGCAUAGUCCAGCCGCAAGUGGAUAUCAUCAGGGACAAUCUAGUAAUAUUAUUUUACCGGCAAAUGUCAACAGUUCAGGAGUUGUACGAAAUUCUUCCGUUACUCCCGAUCCACUUAGAGGAGUCCAGAGAUAAGGAUCUGUGUUAUAUUUCUUCUUGUGGUUAACUUUUUUAAAUGUCAACAAUUUCCCUUUGAAAUCAAAAAUUUAUCGGGAACUCGUUUUAUUUACAUUGUUGUGCACCAAGUACGAAAAUAACCAAUUUUUCGACGAAAGUGAAAAUGCUAUUCUCACAUUUGGUGCACGCACGAUAAUUUUUAUAACACCUCUACAGGAAAAGAAAUGAAUAUUUAUUAUUUUUAAAAGCGAAAAAUUAAUUUUCUAAAUAUUUUCCAUCAUGAUCCUAGUUUACAGUUUAAAAGUGUAUAAAAAUAGAAAAUAGAACUGCAGCAAAAAUUAUUCUAAAAGUGCCAAAAGAGUGCAAACAAAGUGUGUUUUGCAAUAUUAAUCUCUAAAGUGUAGUUUACACAUGGAAAAUUGUGUGUAAAAGUGGCCUAAUAAAGACUCAAUUCUAAAAAUAAAUUUUUUUCUUUUUUUUCUAUUUUAUCAAUGUCACUGCUUCUGACUUUGAAUGACAAAAUUUAUGAAAAAACACCUACUGACUUUCAAUAUUUAUAUUUUUGCUUAAAAAUAUGGAAUUUGAGCAAACAUAUAAGUUUUUCGCAAACUUCAACAUUUUCUCGACUUGUGACCAAAAAGAAAAUUUUUUUUUCUUUAACGAGAUUAUAUCAUAUAAUACGAUUAAAUAAAAGAUUGGUUAGUUUUCCAAAUAUUGUGCAAUAUGUUUAACUAUUUGUAUUAUCUCAAAAUAAAAUGGAAGACAGAUGAAAAACUCAAACUAUUGACAAUAAAAAUUUUUCAUCUUUAUUAGAGUUUACAGUGUUUGUACCAAAGUUUACAAAUAAAAAAUAAUUUAUCUCUAGAAAGAAUAAAAAUAUAAAACAUUUCCUAAAGACAGAAAUUUCGAAUCUGGAGAGGUUUUAAAAAUCCAAAAUCAUUGAUCGAAUAUGACUUUUUCAAUUUGUUUGAAUUACUUUUAAACUAAACUUAAAACACGUCAGUGACAAUGUAAAACUGUCAAAUUGAAAUAAGUCCGCCAUAUUGGAUCCGCCAUUUUGAAUUUUUAAAAUCUGAUGUUCUUGUAAUUAGUGAUCCCAAAAAUCUUCGAACAAUGAGAAAAACUUUAGAGAUGUUUGUUGCAAGUGAUAUUUUGAUGCACGUGCGAAAAAUGAAAUUUUACUUUUGUAAGAUAUUAAAAUUUUGCAGAUAUUAGACUCGUGCAAUGGACAAUUUUUCGUACGUGCAUUAUAAAUAUGAAGCACAUUUUUACACACUCCUCGAUGGUAUAAGAAACUGACACAUCCUUUUUACAUGCAAGAUAAUUGCCAAUUUUCCUGCAGAUGUUAAAAAAAUGAAUUUCUUUGGCUUCAUUUUAUAAUGAAAGACAAUUUUUGAUAGAGUAAUGUGCGCCAUUGAUGUUUGUACUAAGAAGCGAUGUGAAGUUUAGUCAGUACACUAAUAAAUAAUAGAUAUUGAACGUUUUGCUGGAAGAGGUGUUUCGAACAUACAGUAAUCAUAAUUUUCAACCAAACAAUAUACUCCUUAUGUCUACGUAGUAGAUAAGGAAUAAAGUUUUUGGUUCGAAAUAAUCCUUACUGUAUAAAUUAAAUACCUUAAUGCUAUAGUAAAUAAAGUGUACAAAAAACAGUAAUUCUUAAGAAAUUUGUACGAUUAGCUGUUAAAUGAGCGGCUGAAUUCACCUGAAAAUAAACAAUAGCAAUCUUGAAAUAAACUAAGAACAAUAUCACCGAAGAGAGAGUUAAUUGUGAACAUCGCAAAGUAUAUAUUCAUCAUGUUCAUUGUUAUGAUAAAAUAUAUAUUAACAUUAAAGUGUAACAAAUAUCUGAA